AUGGAAAUAGAAGGAGACUCAGAUCCCAUCCCUGUUGACAUCAUUCUCGACAUCCUCUCGAGAUUGUCUGUUGAAUCAAUCGCUAGGUUUGGUCUCGCAUCCAAGUUCUGCGCAUCCAUACUCACCUCUCAAGAUUUCACCGAGUCGUUCUUAAAAAGAUCCUUGACUUCUGAGCCACGUCUCUUAUUCGCUGUCAAAAACUCCAAUGAGUGGCGCUUCUACACGUCGCCUCAGCUCCAGAAUCCAGACAAGAACAACUCUCUUGUAGUAUCAGCCGAUUUUCAUAUGAAGUUACGGGGAGAUAUCGGACAAGAGAUCUGUGGUCCAGUCUCUGGCUUGCUCUAUCUCCCUAAUAUGAAGAGAGGUGAAGUUCCGGCUAUAUGUAACCCUAGCACGGGACAGUACACGAGAUUACCUCAACUGAAAAGGAAAAGGGAUUCAAGAACCUUAUUAGGGUAUGAUCCUAUUGGCAAACGAUACAAAGCAUCAACCCUAAGGAACUCGCUUUAUGGAGCAUCUAAUGAUGAAGAGGGACAACAUAUUCUAACAUUAGGAACUAAGAACGUGUCAUGGAGACAAAUGUAUUGUCCGGAAAAACAUUACCCUAUAGGUGAAGGUGUAUGCAUCAAUGGGGUUUUGUAUUACAUAGCUGGACAAGGAAAGGGUCAGAAGAUAGAUAAAUAA